CCUCUGGUACUCUUUCUUCCAUAAUCUCAGAAUGAGGCCUUACGUAGCCCAACAAGGUGCUGAUAGGCUGGGUCUGCUGGUUCUACACUGGUGUCGCUAGGGCCGGAUUGCCCUCGUCCCUUGACGCCUCGGAUAGCCAUGGCAUCCCCAAACCUUCCUUCCAUAGUUGCAAUGCCUCCGGAUUCGACCAACCUUUCCGGGCUUGUGGAAACUCGAAUGGUGACAGAAUGCGUGAGGUAUAAGAGCCUCUUCUCCCCCGCUGUAGACCGUAUCUGCUGUACUAGCAGCCGCACACAGACGUCAGUUUUCGUUGAGCUCUCAUUUACACCAACCAUAUUUUACCCACUCGAGCAUCCAUCUCCGCCCAAAUGAAGCUCACCGCCGUCGCCACUGGUGUGUUGGUCAUGGCAAGCACUGCUUCCGCUGCCUCUUGUGUUGAGUUUCCCUCGAUAUUAUUCAGUCACUUCGAAGUUACUGCCGAGGGGGUUAGCAACGGCCCUGAGAUUUGCGGUCGUCUUUGGCUCUACUUAAGAAGAUUCCCAUGUCUAGCCUUUCAGCCAUACUGCAAUGUAACGAACGGCAAUCUCCUGUGGCAAUUUCAGACGACCAUGUUCUGCGCCCCAGGAAUGGUCACUUCGUCUUGGUGGGAGGCCACCCACAACAAGUUUGGUGCCCUUGAGAUGUGUGAGGCCCUGACGAGAGUAUCGCGGCUGUCGAAAGCGAUCUCACCAUGAAUUAAAAGAUCCCAACGAACAGCUGUGGACAAGCCGCGUUCGAGCUUUUCAGUGUCGGUUGGGCACUGUCCGACAAUUAUGGUAUAAUAGAGUCACUUGGCUGCUCACGCGUAGCUACGCAGUUGUCAACCCACUCUAUUUUCACGGUCAGAAGCCUCCGAAGUCAUACAUCAGUAUGGAAGUGAAGGACGGAUGACCAACCCAUAUUCGAUAGCAGUCUUCGUAUAACAGCCAAAUACUGAGUUGCGAGCCAUUCUACCGAGUGCCGGUGAACAGAUCUCCGUGACGAAAAUCGAAUGUGUUGUCUGCAAUUAAAAUAAAAUAAAAGGGAAGCAAAAACCCUUAGCAAACGCAGAAGUUGAUCUGCACGGAGCUCUGUAACCGUAUGAGCCAAAUGAAACCCGCCUGGACAUCCUUUUGGCGGUGUCUCAUGGUGAUACGUGACCGAUCCUGUUGACUACAAUAACA